UCAACUUCUCCAGAAACGCCUCCCCUGCGCCCGGUUCCCGCGCCGGGUGGGCCGGGCGGGGACGUGAGGCCGCCCCGCCCCUUGCGCCGGGAGGAGGGAGCCGGGGGCCCGCAGGUGCACCCAGCCCGCCGCGGGCCAUCUCCGGGUUGGGUACCGGUAUAAUCCGCUUCUAGCUUGUUUGGGAGCGUGGGCACUUGGGAGGCGGACUUGUGCUCGGAUCCCGUCCAGGGGCUUGGAAAGGAGGAGGUUUGGGGGAGGUUGCUCAGAGGAUCGUCCCCUCCGCUUGCCGGAGGGGUGCUAGGGGCCUUCUUCCCUCUCGCCCGCUUUAUCUGGGGGUGUCCCUGACGGAUGAAGAGAUGAGUUUUUCUGGUUUCUUAAAAAGCCAGCUGCAGUAAAGAAGAGCUGCCACAGGUCGAGGGGCGGAGAGGAAUGUUUACCCUUGCGGAAGUUGCUUCACUUAAUGACAUUCAGCCAACGUACCGAAUCCUGAAGCCAUGGUGGGACGUGUUCAUGGAUUACCUGGCUGUCGUGAUGCUGAUGGUAGCCAUCUUUGCAGGAACCAUGCAACUCACCAAAGAUCAGGUGGUCUGCUUGCCAGUGUUACCAUCUCCUGUAAGUUCAAAGGCACACACGUCACCCGGGAACACCGACGUCACCACCAGCGUCCCGCCGAUGGAGCCCACCGCAGACCAAGACCAAGACGUGCAGACGACACACGAGAUUUCCUUCGGCACGUCCGCUGUGACACCUGACAUACCUCUCAGAUCCACACACCCUCCCACAGACUCCCCGGGUCCGGGCCAGGAGGCCAAGAAAGAGAAGAAAGACCCAACCGGCCGAAAAACAAACUUGGAUUUCCAGCAGUAUGUAUUUAUCAAUCAGAUGUGCUACCACCUGGCCCUGCCGUGGUAUUCUAAGUACUUCCCAUACCUGGCCCUCAUACACACGAUCAUUCUCAUGGUCAGCAGCAACUUCUGGUUCAAAUACCCCAAGACGUGCUCGAAGGUGGAGCACUUUGUUUCCAUCUUAGGCAAGUGCUUCGAGUCUCCCUGGACGACCAAGGCGCUGUCCGAGACGGCGUGCGAGGACUCGGAGGAGAACAAGCAGAGGAUGACGGGCGCCCAGGCGCUGCCGAAGCACGUGUCCACCAGCAGCGACGAGGGCAGCCCCAGCGCCAGCACCCCGAUGAUCAACAAGACCGGCUUCAAGUUCUCGGCCGAGAAGCCCGUGAUCGAAGUCCCCAGCAUGACCAUCCUGGACAAAAAGGACGGGGAGCAGGCCAAAGCCCUGUUUGAGAAAGUGAGGAAGUUCCGGGCGCACGUGGAGGACAGCGACCUGAUCUACAAACUCUACGUGGUCCAGACAGUCAUCAAGACGGCCAAGUUCAUCUUCAUCCUCUGCUACACGGCCAACUUCGUCAACGCCAUCAGCUUCGAGCACGUGUGCAAGCCCAAGGUGGAGCACCUGACCGGUUACGAGGUGUUCGAGUGCACGCACAACAUGGCCUACAUGCUGAAAAAGCUGCUCAUCAGCUACAUAUCCAUUAUCUGCGUCUACGGUUUCAUCUGCCUCUACACGCUCUUCUGGCUGUUCCGGAUACCUCUGAAGGAAUACUCGUUUGAAAAGGUCCGAGAGGAGAGCAGCUUCAGCGACAUUCCGGACGUCAAAAACGACUUCGCCUUCCUGCUGCACAUGGUCGACCAGUACGACCAGCUCUAUUCCAAGCGGUUCGGUGUGUUCCUGUCGGAAGUCAGUGAAAAUAAACUGAGGGAAAUCAGUUUGAACCACGAGUGGACAUUUGAGAAGCUGCGGCAGCACGUGUCCCGCAACGCCCAGGACAAGCAGGAGCUGCACCUCUUCAUGCUGUCGGGCGUGCCCGAUGCGGUCUUUGACCUCACGGACCUGGACGUGCUGAGGCUCGAGCUGAUCCCCGAAGCGAAGAUUCCCGCCAAGAUCUCGCAGAUGACCAACCUCCAAGAGCUGCACCUCUGCCACUGCCCCGCCAAGGUGGAGCAGACCGCGUUCAGCUUCCUCCGCGAUCACUUGAGGUGCCUUCACGUGAAGUUCACCGACGUGGCGGAGAUCCCCGCCUGGGUGUACCUGCUCAAAAACCUGCGCGAGCUCUACCUGGUGGGCAACCUGAACUCGGAGAACAACAAGAUGAUCGGCCUGGAGUCUCUGCGAGAGCUGCGGCACCUGAGGGUCCUCCAGGUGAAGAGCAACUUGACCAAAGUCCCCUCCAACAUCACCGACGUGGCCCCGCACCUCACCAAGCUAGUCAUUCACAACGACGGCACCAAACUCCUGGUACUGAACAGCCUUAAGAAAAUGAUGAAUGUCGCCGAGCUGGAGCUCCAGAACUGUGAGCUCGAGAGAAUCCCACACGCUAUUUUCAGCCUCUCCAACUUGCAGGAACUAGACCUGAAGUCCAAUAACAUCCGCACCAUCGAAGAAAUCAUCAGUUUCCAGCACUUAAAACGACUGACGUGUUUAAAACUGUGGCAUAACAAAAUCGUGACCAUCCCGCCCUCCAUCACCCACGUCAAAAACCUGGAGUCCCUUUAUUUCUCCAACAACAAGCUGGAGUCGCUGCCGGUGGCGGUGUUCAGUUUACAGAAGCUCCGAUGCUUGGAUGUCAGCUAUAACAGCAUUUCCGCGAUCCCGAUCGAAAUAGGAUUGCUUCAGAACCUGCAGCACUUGCAUCUCACGGGCAACAAAGUGGAGACUCUGCCCAAACAGUUGUUUAAAUGCGGGAAGUUGAGGACCUUGAACCUGGGGCAGAACUGCCUCACCUCCCUCCCAGACCAGGUCGGUCAGCUCUCCCAGCUCACUCAGCUGGAGCUGAAGGGGAACUGCUUGGACCGCCUGCCAGCCCAGCUGGGCCAGUGUCGCCUGCUCAAGAAAGGCGGCCUGGUGGUGGAAGGUCACCUUUUUGACACCCUGCCGCUCGAAGUCAAAGAAGCGUUGAAUCAAGACAUAAACAUUCCCUUCGCAAAUGGCAUUUAAACUGAGACAACACGUGCACAUCCGUGUGCAGGAAUAACUCCCUAGACUGCAGAUGUACCCGUUGUUGCAAGAUCAUGCAUUUUAGGAGUAGAUACAUCUUAAAAAUACAACACAGAGAGGAUGCAUAGAAGGCUGAUAGAAGACAUAACUGAAUGUUCCAUGUUUGUAGUGUUUUAAGUCGUUCACUUCCAAAUCUUUUCUCUCGCUCGCUCGCUCUCUCUCUCUUUUUUUUUUUUUUUUUUGGUUUCCUUUUGGGGAAAGGGAAGGAAAAAUUAUAAUCACUAAUCUUGGUUUCUUUUUAAAUUGUUUGUAACUUGGAUGCUGCCGCUACUGAAUGUUUACAAAUUGCUUGCCUGCUAAAGUAAAUGAUUAAAUUGACAUUUUCUUACGAUACCACCUUUUUUUUUUGUUUUUGUUUUUGUUUGUUUGUUUGUUUGUGGAGGUGUCUUGAUUGACUUUGCUUAAUUGGUGCAAUACUGCUUGAACUCAGACCGCUAAAGGCACAUCAGGUCCAAUCUUGUAAAUUUAGAUUUGCUGAAAUAUUGAUUUAUUUUUUGUUUUAAUUUAAAGCACCUCAAAUAAGCACUUCUUAUGAUAUUUAACUGGUGCUACUGCUUCUGAGAAUCCCGUGUUAUAGAUUUUACACUCUCGAAGGCCUGGAAUGCAGUAAAGGUGUGUAGAUCACUGA